AUGUCUCAACAUGACCGCCCUGAAGACAAGCCCGAGGGCUUUUCGAAAUACCUUAAGCGUAUGAAGACCGUCCUCCGUCCUCGGUCAAUGUCCAAACGACAAUCUAUCACUCCUGGGGUAGCCACUCAAGCCGAAACCACUGCACCGGAGGCAACAUCACCGGCACCGGCAUCAGUACCAGCAGCAACACCAGCACCGGCACCGGCACCAGCCCAAGAGCCCAGCCCAUCAGGACCGGUCAUGUUCACCAGCUACAGCAGAACUCAACAGGAAAAGGCGCGCAGCCUCUUCGCCAAAUAUGGCCUGACCGUCGACACCAGCGACUGGAACGCACCCCCCGACCUCCAGCUAACCCGUGUAACGAAGCCAAUCCGCAUGCGAGUGCGCCGUACCUGCCACCGCUGCGAAACCACCUUCGGCGCAGAGAAAGUAUGCGUCAACUGCCAGCACACCCGCUGCACAAAGUGCCCCCGACACCCAUCCGCCCGCAACAAGGAUAGCAAGGAUAGCGAGCCGACAACCCGCAAGUCCAAGAACCCGGAGACAUACGCCCAUUCACCCCAUCUGUUCCCCAGGACCACGCACCUCAAGCUCAGCACCACCCGGGAAAUUUCGCUCAAGAUGCCGUCGCCCACCGGCGGUCCGGAUUUCGUCCGUCGGCCGGUGCGCCAGCGGGUCCGUCGGAACUGUCACCUCUGCGCCUCGCUCUUUACCCCCGGCACCAAGGAAUGCCCGAGUUGCAGCCAUGUGCGCUGCAAGAUAUGCCCGCGAGACCCGGCCAAACUCGAUAAAUAUCCCGAUGGAUAUCCGGGCGAUGCUGAUCCGCCCAAGCCUAGACCCGAGCGCACGUUCAAGAAGCCUCGUCGCAGAGUCCAUUAUCAGUGUCAUGUUUGUGAGACUUGGUUCCAGGGUAAUGCAAAAACAUGUUUGAAUUGUGGUCAGGCGAAGUGUGAUGAAACUAUACGAAUUCCACCUAAAAGGGUGAAACCAGAAACAAGCCCGGAGGUUCUCAAAAGUCUUGAAGAGAAGCUAGCAGCUAUGGCGCUUGAACGAACACCAGACGUUGCUGAAUCAGCAGCUUGA